AUGCAAUCGAGAAACACAUCGGUAGACAAGGUUUCCCACGAGUUGGUUCGUAAGUAUACAGGCAAGUGCAAUCGAUCGGAAUGGAAAUGAGGUGGCCGAGUGUGCAUCUUAUCAUCUUUAUCAAUUUACGUUCGCUUUCUCUCUCUCUCUCUCUCUUCUUUUUUUUCCGUAAAAACGACCGUUGUAUCCUGUUCUGAUGAAGCUGAACACGGGGUUCCGGUCGGGAAACACGCCAGGCCUUGCCAGGGAACUUGUGCGCACUUUCGGUGCGGUUAUUUUUACAAGGUUUUCUCAAAAAUACCUUUCAAAACAUGAUUCUUUCAUGCUUCCGUUACUUUUUUCUAAUAUAUGAUUAGUAAACACUCGUCGCAGCUUGGUUUUUCAGUUUUUUUCAAUGCCAAGCAAAAUUUGUCUUUUUCUGGUUCAAAUAAGGUGUUACUCUCUUUUUAAGCGUGAACAGAAGAACUGAAGCUAAUUCCUCCAUUUUUUCGUAGCCGAGUUUUGUUCAUCCCUGUCCCUACUAUACGAGUACAUUUGUCUUCAUCUCCGUCUUUUUUUUGCUCCGAGCGCGCCCGCAGCGUUUCGUAUGAAUCAUCAAAUGUAUCGAAUGCGGAAAGGGAAAAUAUUUUGUGAAAGAGACGGAGGGAGAGAGUGGGAGGACGGGAGACAAACAGUUCCGGACGGGAAGGCAGGUGUGAUAACAACGUCUAUUCCAUGCUUUUCACAUAACUAGAUACUAAGUAGUUGGGGCUAUUUCAGAUAUGUAUAAGAUCCACGUGUUUAUCCUAAAAAUAUCCUAUGACCUGACCCUUAAAAUGUCCUUUUAGUAUUUCCGAAUCGUUUUCUUUGAACAUUUAGAAACUGUUUCAUGAAAAUGGAAUAAUAAUCAUAGGUUUCGUGGCGAAACCAUUCCAAUUUCAGCCCAGCCUUUGAAGUUUGCCUACUACGAACACUUUGUUGCCACGUGAGUUCGGAACAUUUCAGCAAUUUGGGAAUGUGGAAUGUUUGAGGCCGCCAAUGCGACAGAGCCGUCGUGCUUCGAUGGCCAAUCGGAUUCUGACUGCGCUGAUUAUUAUCGCCUCUCUGGUCCUUUUGUGUAAAACGUUUCUUGGAUCUUCUCGAGCAUCCAAUUCACUUUCAGUUUACCGAAGCAGCCUCACUUUCAGUCAGGAAGACAAGGCUUGCAUUCAGGACGAAUGGCACGAGAGUAAAUAAGAAACGUCAUCAAGAUUCAUUCGUUCAAUUUUCAGAUUCCUCCGUGGAAAGCACUUUGGAUUUCGGAUCGACCUACCGUAUCUCUUUCGCCGACGUUCAGAAUAACUACACAUGGCUUUAUGUGCCCAAAAUUCGGACAGAAGAAAAGACGGAGAUUCUGAUGAUUGUCAUCUCGAAUUGCGACAAUUUCGCCAGGAGAAACGUGCUGAGAAAGACUUGGAUGAGCUCGGGAAACAGUAAAAUUGUGGCUGGAGGGACGAUGAAGGCGCUGUUUCUGGUGGGAUCGAUCAAAGGAAACGAAAGAUUAAACGAGGUGGUGAUGGACGAAGCACGACUGUUCGGAGAUGUGAUCGUGGCCGACACGGAGGACGAUUACGUCGGACUUCCGUUCAAGACCAUCACUGCGCUCCUGUUCGCCCUGAGAUUCCCAUCGGUGCAGUUGAUUGGAAAGAUCGACGAGGACGUUCUGUUCUUUCCCGAUCAGUUGACGACACUCUUUCACGACGGAACCAUCAACACGAACACUUCGAUGCUUUACGGAUACGCGUAUGAAGCAGGAGUGACUGUGAACCACGGGGAAGACGGCGGAAAGUGGUGAGAAUGAUCGGGAGAAUCAGAAUUAAUGAACGUUUUCAGGAGUGUGCCGAUGAGUUCGUUCAAGUGCACAGUUUACCCCUCUUAUCUGGGCGGUCCGCUUUAUUUCGCGACAAAAAAGGCGGCCGAGCGGAUUGUGAAAGCCACGAAGCAUCGGAAGUUCAUCUCGGUGAGUAUCCAUCGCAAGGGUACUAUCGUUGAUUUCUCUUUUCUAGGUGGAAGACGUCUUCAUAACCGGACUGCUCGCCGGAGACGUCGGAGUGCACAAGAAGCAUCUUCCUUGCAUCUAUAAUGUGGCAGCCGCCGUAAGCAUCCAAAGGUUCUUGGAACAGUACUGAAAUCGAACCAGAUUACAGACGAAUGACAGGGAGACGUCGGAAAUUCUGGGCUGGCACACGAACAAGAACAACGAAAAGUACACGGAGGCGUUCAAAACUAUGCGAUACACACGAUGCUCCGCGUGCUCGCCGAAGAAUGCGACGAUCUCUUGA